GCACGCCGGCAGCGGCAGCGGCGGGGAGGCGGCGGCGCGCGGCGCGGUGGUCGCGUGCGUGAUGUGGCGCGCGCCGAUCCGCGGCCUCGCGUCGGCGGCGGCGGCCAGGGCCGGGGCCGGGGCGCCGCUGUCGGGCCUGACCGACGCGCUGCUCGCGGCGCGGCUCGCGAACCACCUGCUCACGACGCCGCACAUCCCGCCGGAGCUCCUGCCCGCGGCGCCGCUGCCGCUCCCCGUGCGGCUCCACGUGCUCCGCCACCCGGCGCUCCCGCCGACGUCCAAGCUCUCCUUCUUCCUCGCCGCCACGCCGCCGUCCUGCCCGCUCCUCGCCGCGACCUUCCCCGUGCUCGUCCGUGCGCUCGCCACGCACUCGCCUCCCCUCCUCGACGCGCUCCUCCCGUUCGCGCUCUCCUCGUCGUGCCCCUCGGAGCUCCUCCCCGCCCUCCUCUCCGCGCUCCUCUCCGCCUCCCGCGUCGACGCCGCGCUCGCCCUCCUCGACGCUGCUCCGCCUGAUCUCCUGCCCCGUCUAGCCGCCGCCGCGAUCCCUUCCCUCAUCGCCUCACCUGACCCCAUCUCCGCCGUCCCUGCCAUUCGCAGGCUUCUCCCCAUUGCCUCACACCCGCCCCCCGUCCGAGCCACCAAUCGCCUCCUCCUCGCCUUGUCCAAAGAGAACCUCUACGAUGACUUCCGUCACGUGUUCGGCGAAAUGUCGAGGAGGGGCCUCCCUUCUAACAUAAGGUUCUACAACAUUUGCAUCCACGCGUUUGGCAAGUGGAGGAGGCUGGAUAUGUCGCUAAAGCUUUUUGCUGCUAUGAAGACCGCCUCUCCUCCUCUUGUGCCAGACAUAUGCACACACAAUUCGCUCAUCCGUGCGCUUGUGGUUGGUGCAAGGGUCGCUGAUGCUUUAGUGGUGUAUGAUGAGAUGAAGUCAUUUGGGAUUGAACCGGAUGUGUUCACCUACCGGGCUAUCGUGGAUGGGUGCUGCAAGAGUUUUAGGAUGGAUGAUGCUUUGCGUUUGUUCCAGGAGAUGCGAGGGAGCUAUGGGGUGAAGGGGGAUGCUGUGGUGUACAAUUCGCUUCUGGAUGGGCUUUUCAAAGCUAAGAAGCUGGAUGAGGCAUGCGGUUUUUUUGAGACAAUGGUGGCGGAUGGUAUUCAAUGCUCAGCAAGCACACACAACACAGUGAUUGAUGGGCUAUUCAAGAAUGGGAGAGCAGAAGCAGCGUGCCGGCUGUUUUAUGAUCUAAGGAGAAAAGGCCAACUGUUGGAUGGGAUUGCAUAUAGUAUUAUGGUGAGGGAGUUUUGCAAGGAAGGGAAGGGGGACCAAGUUGCGGAGGCGGUAGAGUUAAUGAAGGAAAUGGAGGAGCGAGGGUUUGCUGUUGAUUUGGUCACAGUAACAUCAUUGCUCAUAGGGUUUAACAAGAGUAGACGUUGGGACUUGGAAGAGCAGAUAGUUAAGUUCAUUAGAGAUAGUUCUGUGUUGCCAGAUGCUAUUCGAUGGAAAUCAAAUAUGAUGUCUGCUUUGCAAGGACCACAGGACAGAGAGAAAGAUGGAACAUCAAUUUUUCCCUUUGAUGGCAAUAUUGAUGAUGUGAUGAGUUUGGUCAAUCCCGUGGUAUGCACUGGUGCAAAUGAAGAAACACCAAAAGAUGAGCCCAAGGAUGAUUGGUCUUUGUCACCGCACCUAGAUCAUCUUGCUAAACAUGCUGAUCAUUUGAAUAGUUCUGCUAUAUUCACAAUUGACAGAGGGCAGAGGGUGCAAGGUAUGGGAGCCAAGACAUUUGAUGCUGACAUGGUUAAUACAUAUAUGUCAAUUUUUUUAGCGAAAGGGAAGUUGAGUGUAGCUUGCAAGUUGUUUGAGAUCUUCACAACUCUGGGAAGGAAAGGAACGAGUUAUACAUACAAUUCAUUGAUGACGUCAUUUGUCAAGAAAGGGUAUUUGAAACAGGUAUGGGCAAUUCUUCAUGAGAGAGGUGGACAGCUCUGCCCCAAUGAUAUAGCUACAUACAAUCUGAUCAUUCAAGGCCUUGGUCAGAUGGGAAAAGCAGAGGUUGCUGGCUCGAUUAUUAGUGAACUGUCAAAGAAAGGUGUUUACAUGGACAUCGUCAUGUAUAACACAUUGAUCAAUCAAUUGGGAAAGGCCGGGAAGGUUGACGAAGCAAACUCUUUGCUUGAGCAGAUAAUUGGGAGGGGCAUAAAACCAGAUGUUGUCACUUUUAAUACCUUGAUCAAUAUUAAUGCAAAAGCUGGUAGAUUAAAGGAAGCUGACAAGUAUUUGAGGAAGAUGAUUGCAGAAGGAAUUGCUCCGAACUAUGCCACGGAAACAAUAUUGGUUUUCCUUGAUAAGGAGAUUGAAAAGAAAAGGCAGCAGCCUAGAUGACGUGAUGAAAUACCAAACAUCACUUAUUAAGACAGGUGUUUGGCCAGAUGACAUUUGAGAGAGUGGAUUUAAAACUCCACAAGUGCAGCUUUGCCUCGUCAACCAGGUCACGUUCAUUAUCACAUCAAUCAAACUUCAAGUCAGAAGAGUCAAGAAGAGCAGGUCCUAGAGAGACGAUGCAGUUCACCGACCACAAAAGCAAAAUUAGAGAAGAGAGAUUGUACUUGUUGAUAUAUUGCUCAUUUGUUCUGUGAAGCUGAUGCUCCAUUUAAUAUAGUAACAUUGCUUAGGUUUCACAGUCUGCUGGAACCAAUUGGUGGCCAUGGUUGAAAUUUAAAGGUUCUGAUUUUCUAUGAGCUUUUUGACAGGCUAUGGGCAUGGUUGGCCACUUCUGAGGUGAGAAAAAAGCUGUCAAAUGGCCACUGAAACAAGAAGAGCAAACCAGACCAUGGGCAUUGUUGAUGUUAAAGCAACAACAAUUAUAUUGGCACAAUUACACAGCCCACAUCAGCGACCUCAUGCUAGAAGAUAUUGGGCUACACCUAAAGUGUGACUAACAUAACCUUCAAGGCAAAGUGUGAUGGAUGCAAAAAAAAUUUAAAAAAAAAAGCUCUCUGGUUUCAUAACAAAGGGCAACUGCAACUGUGUAAGCUAAGCUGUCUGCACUAUUUUCUGUUAUCUUUGAUUUAUUUCACAUUGUUCUUUCUUUCUCUUAAUUUUAAUUGACUCGUUUCAUGUUUUGGCAGUUCCAAAGCAUGAUUUGGUCAUUUGGAUGACAUGAAGUUGUGGGUUUGGAUGUUUGUUUGUAACUUCUAGCUAAUGUGUUGCCUGUGCUGCCAUGGCUAGGAAGAAUCAAUGCAAUUUGCAUCGUUUGUACUGUUUAAUUCUUGUUAACAUCUGUGUUGCAUAGGAAAUUAUGCUAGUUUUUUUUUCAAGAAAACACGGUGUUUUAACCAAAAAAAAAAAUCAACAGAGCAAUUUGCUAGAGCUUAAGAAAACUGGCCAUCCCAGUUGAUUAGCAAAUUAAUCAUCAUACUAUGUAGCUAGAGCUUUAGUGUAACUCUUGGUUCAAGUUUAUUUAGGAUUAAUCUUUGAUGAAUCUUAUAGGUCCCCCUGCAUACGCCCAUGAUAAAUUGAUAGUGGAUUUCUCCCAGCAUACGUACAAUAAAUUGAGGAACCUUGGAUGUUAGAACAGAAAGAUACUUCUUCUUUUUUUUUAUCUGUGCAGUAAGAUAUACCUAUGAAUCUUGGAUUUAUUGCUUUAACAUGUUGAGAUGACCAUUGAUGAGUUGCUCUGGAAUUAACCAUAAACACCUUUUGUGUAUACUUUCAAAUACUCCUAGAUAACUAUAUGUAUGUGGGUAGAAAGAUAGAUUUUGGGAUUAAAAUUCUUGUGUAGUUUGUAACCAUUUAUUUGGGGGACCUCUAUGCUGUACAGUAGUUAUUAGUUGUGAACUUAAUACGAAGUGGACCAGUGGAGAGCUCAAGCAUACAUAUUGCCAAUGCUAUCGCAUGUUUGGCAUUUUUGGCACUUGAAUAGGCACAGAGGGAUGCAAGGGAUUGUGUCCUGUUAUCCUGUACAUUACCGAGCACAAUGUGAACGUGCUCUUGAAGUGUACUAUUCUCGAAACAUUUCUAUUCUGCUACUCUCAAGGUGCUCACCGUACCCUGGAUCAUAUAUAUAUUUAUUUUUUUAGGGUGGAUCA